AUGAUACAGGAGACAAAUCAACGAACAAAUGCUGUCUUCAUACCACCUACUUUAGGUCCCGCGGAUCCCUUGGAACGCUGGAAGGAAUCUCCCCCCGAAGGCGAAGCAGCCAGUCUAUCAGCCAUUCAGAAUGCGCUUGAAAAUCCCUCGAGCUACUCAGGGGUAAAUCAAUCGCAUGUCACGCCUGGCUCUGUGCCAGGUAAUCCUUUCCAAAACUAUCGUCGUCCAGCAUCCCAAGGACCAUCAACAACAAGUGGAGAAAGUUCUACCAGUGCAUCCUCUCGGCGCUCUAACCGAUCUGGGGUGUCUGCUUUGUCUAAUGGUAGCCAGGCCGCGUCGGACAAGAAAUCUGCCGGAAUUCGAAAGAAGCAGGCUCACACAACCAGAAAAAAGCGAAGUUCGGCCAAUCAACCCCGCGUAUUUUGUUGCACAUUCUGCUGUGAUAAAUUCAAGAAUAAAUUCGACUGGAUGCGUCACGAGAAGUCUCUUCAUCUCAACCUAGAAAGUUGGACAUGCGCGCCUUUUGGAGGCUCUGUGGUGCUACCAUCAACAGGUCGCGCUCAUUGUGCCUAUUGCAAUCAGCUGGAUCCAACAUUCCAGCACCUAGACGAGCACAAACACGGACUAUGUCAGCAAGAAAUACGUUCGUUUCGGCGAAAGGAUCACCUAGUUCAGCAUAUGCGCGUCUUCUACCGACUCGAAACCAUUCCAUUAAUCGACGAUUGGAAACACGCUAUAACAGAAAUUCCUUCCCGUUGUGGAUUUUGUGACGGCCGGAUGUCCAACUGGGACGAAAGAGCCGACCAUCUAACAUUCCACUUCCGCCAAGGCUGCACCAUGGCCAACUGGAUAGGUGAUCAUGAGUUUCCGCCAGAGAUUGCUGCGCAAGUCACACAUAGUGUUCCUCCAUACCUGCUCGACUUCGAAUCGCGAACUUUCGUGCCUUUCUCCGCCACGAACGGAGCUGUGAACGAUCACCUGUCCCAAAUGCUGUCCCGCGCCAGUUUUCUGGAUGGAGCAAGAGAACCGGAAGCGAUACCGGAAUCCUUAGAGCCAGGGCUUCAGCCAGUUCAGGAAGGCAAUUUGGUUUCUUACACGGAAGUGCUCACUCGUCAUUUAAGUCAUUAUGCACAGCAAAUGAUGAGAGAUGGUGUCAUUCCGACGGACGAAAUGUUUCAGCUCGAAGCGAGGCAACUUUUGUUUGAUUCUGAAGACCAAUGGAACCAGACAAUGGCAGAUAACCUUGAGUGGUUGACUAAAUUCCGAGGAGGGCAAAGCACCAAGGGUCCUCUUCAAGCCCCCGAGCAACCCCCUAUGGAUCGGUAA